GUGUCACUACCGCGGCGCCGCGGCUCUUUGAAAAUAGCGGCGACGUUUAUUUUGUAACGCACGUACACGCGCCCGUCCGGUCGAACAUUUCACGCACGUGCACGCGCCCGUCCGGUCGAACAUUUCACGCACGUGCACGCGCCCGUCCGGUCGAACAUUUAACGCACGUGCACGCGCCCGUCCGGUCGAACAUGGUGCACGCGGAUGAAAUCGCCAAGUUGUGCUACGAGCGUUUCCGCCAGCUGCCCCGCAGAGGGAAGCCCGAGCCGGGCAGAGAGUGGACCCUGCUGGCCGCCGUAGUGCAGCUCACCCGGCGCGCGCCCUCGGACUCAGUGGAGAAGCAGGUCGUGUCCCUGGGGACUGGAACCAAAUGCAUUGGACAGACAGCGAUGAGUCCCACAGGGGGCGUUCUGAACGACAGCCACGCAGAGGUCAUCGCGAGGAGGGGCUGCCUCAGGUACCUGACCCAGGAGCUGCACCGGGCCGUGAUUGGUGGACACAGCUCUGUGUUUUGUCCUGCAGGUCAGAGGAAGUGGAGCCUUCGUCCCGGCGUGUCCUUCCUCUUCUUCACCAGUCACACUCCCUGCGGUGACGCCGCCAUCAUCCCCAUGAGUGACAGCCGGUCUAAGCCCCGCCCCCCUCGCACACCUGUGAAGAGCCACGGAGGAACGGAGGGAAGAGGAGACCGGAAGAGGGGAGCAGAGGAGCCAGGUGGAGGGAACCACAGCAAGCGGCCCCGUCUGGAGGAGCAGGAAGUGAAGGACCAGGAAGUGGAGGACCAGGAUGUGGAGGACCAGGAUGUGGAGGACCAGGAAGUGGAGGACCAGGAAGUGGAGGCCGGAGGAGACGUAGAACAGUCUCUCCUGUCAGAUUCCCUGAAGAGUGACGAUCCCUCGCCACCGGGCCCCGACGUCCACAGGACGGGGGCCAAGUGCGUCCCGGGGGGGCCGGCCGACGCCCGGCGCCCCGGGGCGGGGUACCACAGCACCGGGGCGCUCCGGCUGAAGCCCGGCCGAGGGGAGCCGACCCGGUCCCUCUCCUGCAGCGACAAGCUGGCCCGCUGGGGGGUGCUGGGCUUCCAGGGCGCGCUGCUGUCCCACUACCUGCAGGGGGCGCUCUACUUCAGCAGCGUGGUGGUGGGGCGCUGUGCCUCCAGCCAGGAGGCCAUGCAGAGAGCUCUGGUCUCAAGAUGCUCCCGCGUGGCCGACCUCCCGCCGGGUUUCUCCGUGCGCCCCCCCGAGCUGCUCCGGUCCAGCCUGGAGUUCCCCUUCAGCCAGGUCCAGACCGAGCUCCAGCACCAGGGGGGGCGGGGACGCAUCUCGCCCUGUGGAGCAGCCAUCAGCUGGUGUAAUGUGGCCGAGCGGCCACUAGAUGUCACCGCCAACGGCCACAAGCACGGAGCCACCAAGAAGACCCUGGGCACCGCUGCAGCCAGGUCUCUCCUGUGUAAACUGGAGCUGUUCCACUCCUUCCUGUCUCUGGUGGCGGCCACGGAUCCUGGAGCGCUUCCCGACUCCCUGAGGUAA